AAAGGAGAGAAAAAGAACUAAUUUAAAGCUAUAAAGUGGUAGCAUCUGUAAUUAUGAAUGGCAUCUUAUGAUUUAUGAAGAUGAUGAUGAGACAGAUAGAAUGUGAAUGAACUGCUUUGUAAAUAGGAGUGAUUAUCAAAAAAACAACCCUUAGCCAAAAGUUGUCUAUUUAAGUGUACUACUUGAAGUUUAUUUUAAUAUACUUUAUUCUUAAAUUUAAAAUGUUCUAAUUUAUUCUAGAGAAUUAUUUAAUUAGUAUACUUCCUACAAUAUGCUAAUACUUAUAUUUAUAUAUUGAAGUGUACUUAAAACAAACUUCAAGUGCACCAUUUUUACUAAUGCAGAAAUGUCUGGAAAGAGAAAACAACAGUUUAAUACAAAAUAAAGUGGAGUAUACUAAGAACUUGCGUGCCUAAAAAAGCGUAAUUUAAAACACUGAAUCUUAUCUAUUAUUGUAAAAAAUAAAAAAAAUAUUAAUCAUAGCGAAAAUGCCGUUUUCAAACACAAUUUAUGUAUCUUAAUUUACAUUUUUUUAAACAAGGAGGAUAAAACAUAGUAAUUUCGUUAAAUAUUAUUUUUAUACUUAAAUAGUUGUAAAAAGAAAAUGGUUUUCGUCUUAGAAAAAUAAAAAACGAACAUAAAAGAGCGUCUUUUCCCUUUUUCAGCAGAAAUCUCCACCCCCUUGCUGCUGCUUGGAUGGUGUCGUCCAGGAAGCGCGCGCCGCUCCUCUCCGGCAGCAGUGAACCAGCUGGUGAGCGGAAUGGUAUCUCCCUCCUCUCCCGGAUGGAUCGCGACGCUGAACUCGGACAACCUGAGCGCUAGCCGACUCCGGAGCAGGUUGCCCGCGGCUUCCUCCGCUCCUGCUGAAUGUCACACGGAGCGAGGCUGAAAUUAAAGCGUCCACCGUUCAGAACGAGACUGCUUUGUAAUAUUCUAUUCAUUAUUGUCAUUCUUUCGGACAGGAAGCCGCCCGCUACCCUUUUGCCAUGGCUUCCAACUUCAACGACAUAGUCAAGCAGGGGUACGUGAGGAUACGGAGUAAGAAACUGGGGAUCUUCAGGAGGUGUUGGCUGGUGUUCAAGAAGGCCUCCAGUAAAGGACCCCGACGAUUAGAAAAGUACCCAGACGAGAAGGCAGCAUACUUUAGGAGCUUCCACAAGAUCACCGAGCUUCACGGCAUCAAGAACAUUACCCGGAUGCCGCGGGAGACAAAAAAGCACGCGGUCGCCAUUAUCUUCUGCGAUGACACUUCCAAGACGUUUGCCUGUGAUUCAGAGCUGGAUGCAGAGGAGUGGUGUAAGCUGCUGUGCAUGGAGUGCCUGGGCUGCAGACUCAACGACAUCAGCCUGGGGGAGCCGGACCUGUUAGCAGCGGGGGUGCAGCGGGAGCAGAACGAACGCUUCAACGUUUACCUCAUGCCCACUCCUAACCUGGACAUCUACGGAGAGUGCACCAUGCAGAUCACCCAUGAAAACAUCUACCUGUGGGACAUUCACAACGCUCGCCUCAAACUGGUCAUGUGGCCUCUCAGCUCCCUGCGGAGAUACGGUCGCGAUUCCACCUGGUUCACGUUUGAGUCCGGCAGGAUGUGUGACACAGGAGAGGGUUUGUUCACGUUCCAAACGCGGGAGGGGGAGAUGAUCUACCAGCGGGUCCACUCAGCCACGCUGGCCAUCGCCCAGCAGCACGAGAGGAUGAUGGAGGAGAUGGAAAAGAGCUCUCAGAGCCACUCCAGAGAGACGUUAACCAAGUCCAUCUCCCUGCCGCGCAGUGCCUACUGGCAGCACAUCACGCGUCAAACCAGUGUGGGGGAUCUGUACAGUUACCAAGGGAAUGCUGCUGAGGACAGACUAGCAGACAAAGAAGUUGGGCUUUCGUUGACUUUUAUCCCACGGGCGCAGACUUUCUCAAGCUUUCUAUCUGAAGAUCCGGAGGAGUCGGAGUGUCACCAGGAAGAAGCACCGUCGCCCUCUGGUGGCUGUGAGUCCAGCUGCAGCGUCAGGCCUCUUCAAUGACAGUGAACUGCUGAAACAGUUUUGGACACUGAACCUACCGAAGAUGUACAAAUCUGUAAAUGUAAUAUAUUAUUUCCCAAUUUUUUUUAAUUAUUAUUAUUUGAUUGCAUCAAAGUUUGCACCAAAAAAAAAUCCCUUUCACUGUUUUUUUUAAUGCAUGUCAAACUUCCUGCUUUUCUUUAGUUUUUUAG